AUGGCGUUCAACGAGCGUAUGAUUAAUACCCACCGGGAAACGGUAAGAGGGAGCCUUUGGAAUAGACUAAGUGUAAUGCAUACGCUGUUUGCGUUACACGCACUCGAGACCAUAUGGCUAGGCUACUUAAUAUUUGUAACCUACAUCUUCGAGACACGAUACGUCGGGACUGGGUUUAGGACACAUUGUAUAUUGCAUGGAGUAUUUAUGGUUUUGUCAAUGAUGGCUUUCAUACCUGGAACGUUCUGGCUACUCGCAAGCCUUCCUUUUCACAUAUUCAAAAUCAUGCACCCGUUAUUCGUAUAUGGAAUCUUUAUAGAAAGACUACUAGUGUGGAUUCCUCAACAGCUGGCAGGAGGUAGAUCGGAGAUCUUUGCAAAAUUGCUGAUCGUAUCCCUGUAUAAUGGCAUUACGGGGUGUUUUUUUUCAAUGCCACUCAAGCCCUUUUUGUCAAUGAUAGUACUCUGGUAUCAUCUCGUACUUGAAAGAAUUAGAAGUGAGAACGGAACGGGGCUCGAGUUCAAGACAGCUUUAGAACUACAAAUGGAAACAGCAAUGGCGAACAAGACGGAAAACAAUGAAAACACAUUGUCGGUUCCAUUAGAUGAUUUUGUUGAACAAUGA